AUGAGUCAUUUCGACACUUUGAAAUUGAACUUGCAUUAUGGAGGACUUAUGGAGAUAAUCGGUGGUAGAUUCAGUUACAAUGGAGGAGCUUCGAAGCAGGGCAUUGUUGUUGAUCCUGAUUUGAUGACCUGGUCGUGUUUUGAUGGCUACUGUGAGGAGUUUUCGAUAGAAGGUGGUUUAGUGGAGCGAGUUUGGUGGAAGCUCCAUCACGAGAGCAUGGAUACACUGAAGUGUAUUGGUGUCGUGGCAAGUGACUCAGAGCUUAUGAGAAUGUGUAGUCAGGCUAUGUCAACUUGUCGUGAAGUUGAUGUGUUCAUCGAGCAAGAGGAAAAGGGAAAAGAUGGUGAGGAGGCUGAUGUCAAUUUGGAACAGUCUGCUGCUGUUGAAACUGAGAGCGAGAAGGCUCUUUCUGCUGAGAGCGAGAAGGCUCCUUCUGCUGAGGAGAAUGAAAGCGAGAUUGGUGAGGGUGAAAGCGAGGAGGCUGAGGAGAAUCAAAGCCAGGAGGCUGAGGAGAAUCAAAGUCAAAGCGAGGAGGCUGAGGAGAAUCAAAGCGAGGCUGCUGCAGAUGAAAGCGAUAAGGAUGCUGGAAAUGAAAGCGAGAUUGAUAGCGAGAAAGAGGAAGCUUUGAGGGAAGCUAAGAGGAAAAAGGAUAAAAAAGGUAAAUCUAAGGUUUUGGAAGAUGAAGAAGACAUUGGUGCGCGAUAUGAUAUGGAGAUUGAGGAUGCUGUAGCUAGUUUUGUUGAUGAGGAAGUAGAUUUCAGAAGGACAAUUCUAGAGAGUUCAGAUAGUUAUGAGUUCAAGGAAGCCGUUUUGGAUUAUGCUUUGGCGAAUGCAAAGAAUAUUGAGCAAAAUAGAUGGGACAAGACGAAGAUUGGAUACAAAUGUGGUGAAGGAGGAAAAUGCAAGUGGAAGCUUUAUUGCUCGUAUGAUGAGCCGCAUGGGAAGUGGGUUAUAAAGACAAAGUGUGGAUAUCACAGCUGCACGCCUAAAGGGAGAUGCAAGAUGCUUAAAGCUCCAGUCAUUGCAAAGCUUUUCUUGCACAAGUUGAGGCAAAAGCCUAACUUUUGGCCUAUCAAAAUGCAGAAGUACAUCAAAGAAACUUGGAGGCUUCUUAGGACCAGAUGGAAAAGCUCUUGUCGUCCUAUCAUCGGGUUAGAUGGAACCUUCUUCAAAGGCAUAGUGAAAGGUUGUUUGUUGACAGCGGUUGGACAUGACCCUAACAAUCAAAUUUAUCCGAUUGCUUGGGCUGUGGUACAAGCUGAGACAGGGGACAAUUGGUUAUGGUUUAUGAAGAACCUAAAGGCUGAUUUGGGGCUUGAAGAUGGCAGUGGAUAUGUCAUCAUUUCAGACAGAUGCAGAGGGAGAGGGAUCUGA